AGCUUGAACAUCUGAGGGGAUUAGCAGCUUGGAGGACUUUAAAAAGGGACAGUCCAACAGAGAGACGAAAGCCACAAGCAAGAAAGUGACGAGCUCAUCAGAUAGCAUCAGACGAACAGUUUGAGACUUCAACAAAAGUAACUAAUUGAAAUGGCAGACGUAGCCGUUGCAGCUCCCGCUGACAAGAAGGCACCUCCCAAGUUUAAGCAGAGGACCACUCGCACCUUCAAGAGCAAGGCCCCUAAACCAGGCCAGAAGGGAUUUGGAGACGACAUCCCUGGCAUGGAGGGUCUUGGCACAGACAUCACAGUGGUCUGCCCAUGGGAAGCCUUUGGUGACAUGGAGCUCAGUGACCUGGCGAAAUAUGGAAUUGUUUAGCCCUCUUUCCUCUGCCUUUACCCUUUAUUGCCACUAUUAUCUCUCAUGUAUUCCUACUGUUGAUUAAGCAGCUAAAAAUCUUCUAACUGUAUGCUGUAGAGGGGAGACAGCUCUUGAUGAUUUAGAGGUUUGACCUGGAAAAAAAAUCCAGCACUCUGUCUUGGCUAAUGCACUUUAUUUGCCCCUGCCUUUACACCAAAUCUGUAUCAUCCUUUUCUACUUUUCCUCACCCCAUUUGCUCUUUUCUCCUGAAUCUCUCUUUCUCUCAUAAUAAGCGGUAUCAGCAACUCUGGACUUGAGCUUGUACUGUCCACAGAGAAAAAAAAAAGAAAUAAAACUGAAUAUUUUGUCUAUAUUGUAAA